AUGGAUCGUUCUCAAAAUUGGUUUUUUGUUCUGAAUAUUCUGUUUAUGUCUCCAUAUAUUCAAGCAUUGAAUCUUACUGUCGAAUGUUGGAAUUUGGUGGAGAUUUCAUUAAAUGCUGCCGGUAACUAUUCGAGUCCAUACAUAGAUGUCGAUGAUCUGCGUGCAACAUUUAUAUCAUCAACUGGGAUUUCUAUGACUAUGCCAGGCUUUUGGGAUGGUGGGCAAACGUGGAAAAUUCGUUUUGCUCCCAUUGUUGAUGGUAUUUGGACUUAUACAACAAAGGCGAAUGAUGUUGGUCUCAACAAUCAAACUGGUUUCAUCAUGUGUACACCUUACACUGGUACAUUAUCAAUCUAUCAGCAUGGUUUUAUGAAACCCAGUGCAAAUAAUCGAUACUUGACAUAUGCUGAUGGAAAACCUUUCUAUUGGCUAGGAGAUACACAUUGGUCAGGCUUUAACAUUGCAGAACGGUUUAAUGAAUCAAAUGAUGUACGUUUUAGUUCAAUGUUCAAAGGUAUGAUUGAUCGACGACUAGAACAAGGUUUUACUGUUUGGAAGGCGGAAACGUUUGCUAACAAUAAUGAGCAAGGUAAUCCAGCUCGCAAUGAAGGUGGACCAGCAUGGAAUAAUGAUAAAUUUUUUAUUGAUUUAAAUCCAGCAUUCUGGCAGAAUAUCGAUCAACGCAUUGCAUAUUUGGCGAGUAAAGGAAUGGUCAUUUCAAUGGCACAAGGGAUUGGUCGAAGUAUGAAAAAUGCUUCUGCCGAAUCUGAUCACAAACGAUUAGCACGUUACAUACUUGCACGAUACGGUGCCUAUCCAACUGUAUGGAUAACUGCGCAAGAAUUUAACGAUGUGGCUUCUGGAGCAUGUGGUCAAUGUUGGGCACAUGUUGCUGAAUACGUAUACGACCUUGAUCCAUACAAACGUGCCAAUAGUAUGCAUAAUGCUUACACAAAUCCAAUAGUUUAUCACGAUCAAUCAUGGUAUGGAUUUGUUACACUUCAGCAAAGUCAUAAUCGCGUAAGUUCAGUGGAUUACUGGCUUACACAAUAUAAUGCCAUUCCACCACGACCUAUUCUUGAAGACGAAGCCAAUUAUGAAGAUAUUAUUCCAUGGUAUGGUGGUGGAGUAAUCACACCUAAAUGGAAAACUCGUCAGAGUGCAUGGCAAUCACAAAUUGCUGGAACUUUUGGUUUUACCUACGGAGCCCAAGGUAUCUGGUGGGCUUGUUAUACAACGAAAGAAAUAAAUUAUAAUUGUGGUAACGGUAGUGAUGCACGAUCUUGGAAUACAGCGAUCGAUUUUCCUGUUGGUGAACAAAUGUCUUUUAUGGCAAACUUUUGGGGAGCACUUGAUUGGUGGACAUUGGCACCCGAUGAAAAUGCUAUUAGUUGGUUAGCUGCUCCAAAUAAUACUCAAAGACCUUAUCAAAAAACGAAUGGAAAUAAUCGUACGCUAGUGAUUGCUUAUUUACCAUUGCAAUUAAAUGGUACUGUUUAUAAUGGAACAGUAAGAAACUUAUCACCUACUGGCGUGUACAUGUCUCAAUGGUUUAAUCCACGUAAUGGUACUUACUCAAUGAUAGAUGCAGGAUGGAUGCCUACAAAAUCUGGUCUAUGGGAUAUUCCAAAUCAACCUACUUCUACCGAUGAUUGGGCACUUAAGAUUCAACUCAUCAAUGGUUCGAACACAUCACCCAACUACGCAUUUGGUAUGAAUAUAAAGAGAUCAUCAGAUCAGAACAUAAAUGAUCGAUUUAGCAAAGCUGCUGCGGAUGGUAAUUUAAGUACAAGUUGGCAAAUCAAUAAUGCACAAGGAUUGAAUAAUUCAUGGUUAACAGUAGACUUUUGUGUUAAUGUUACUUUUAACAAAGUGCGAAUUAUUACAUAUGGCCAACGUACUACUGUCUAUUAUAUCGAAUAUUGGAAUGGUACGAAUUGGUUCAUUGCUUAUACGGAAUCUACUAUAAAUAAUAAUGAUGAUAUUACUUUUAGAGCAGUUACAGGUAGUCAAAUGCGUAUUGCAUUCCCUUCAGACAAAGGAUACUCGUCAAUCGUCUAUGAAGUUGAAGUUUAUGGUUUAACUUCAACAGACAUAUAA